ACUCCCUCUUUAAAGGGAAAUUUUGUUUUUUUUAAUCACGAAAUCGGCAUAUUUAGCUAAAAUUUUGAGCCCUUUUAAUGUCCGUCUACAAUACAAAUUUACAUUCAGAAGCGCCACAGCUCCAUCACGCACUGUACGUGCGUAGGUUUGGCAAAAUUCUCCGAAUUUCAACACUGUACACCCGUCAUACGAUAGGCUCCCUCGGGGCUGGAGGGCCCUCAUCAGGGCCAAUGCAGUUCACACCUCCACUUCGCAUCCCGUAUAUCGCAUCCCCCUGCCCGAUGCGUGUAUCAAAUUACCGUACCACCCGAAAAAAACAACCCAGUAGAAAGACGCAUGCAGCGUUGCCAGCGUCUUAAACAUUCCCGCUAGUGCACUGUACCGUGGAGCUAGUGCCCAAUUUUCGGAGGUGUUAGUUUCGUGGAUCCUUGUCUAUCCCAUCCUGAACGGUUUACGGGCGUCAGACCUUCAGUCUACUCCCGGUACGGACUUUGCGCUACUUUCGCCUCAACGCCGAGGCGUGUAUAGCGGCGGAACAUCGCUGAAGAAAUGCUACCAGCGGCACUUGCAAGGUUUCGCAUCGUCUUUUGCCGGUGCCGGUGCAUGUUUCGGUUACCUUUUUGUUCUUGCCUUUUCUCCUUCGCCUCGUCCCUUUUGCUCAGUGCUGAGCCGAAUGUUUGUUUGCCGAAGGUAUUAUAAUUGUCAGCGAGUCAUUUACACUAAAUAGUGUGGCCCGCCCGCGGCCGUUUGGGUGCUUAAGUUUCGGUCUCUCCCUGGUCUCUCGAUUAGACCCUCAUCGGAGGAAACACACGGCCAGUCCCGGCCCAACGUCCCAAGCUUUUUGGUCAGUUUGCUGCCAGCCGUUGAGCCGCACGGUAUGGUGUGUGAGUGAAGUGAACCGACCUAGCAGGACCGAAGGAAUCGAAAUCAUCACCCGGCGGGACACAAUUGCACCUCAAAGCGCAUAACCUCGCAUACCACAUCAAAAGCGAAAGCGUCGGCGUGCCGUCGGCAUAACCACAACUUAAGUGGACAUAAUUGGUUUUAAUAUACUGUACUGGUUCAUAUACUGUUGGGCGCAAAAGGAUUGCGGCGAGCCCACAUCACACGCACACACACAUACAGAUAAUCCGGCCUUUGAGAACGAUGAGCCCGUGCUGACGAGCGAACGGACCUCACACACGGCAACCAAACCAAGCCUCGCCGCCGACACCGCCAAGUCCAGUGCCAAGGUUAACCAGUUCCAGCAGCUACCGGAACAGACGACCGGCGGCAACACCAGUCGGACCGGCGCACUGCCCGAGAUGAACCUGAUGAAGAACAUCCACAAGGUGCAACGGGACAAGUGGGGCAAAGAUAUCGAGUUCCUGCUGUCCUGCAUCGCGCUCUCGGUCGGGCUGGGGAAUGUGUGGCGCUUUCCGUUCACGGCGCUGGAGAAUGGGGGCGGUGCGUUCGUCAUACCGUACCUGAUCGUGCUGCUGCUGGUCGGGCGUCCGAUCUACUAUCUGGAGAUGCUGAUCAGUCAGUUUUCGAGCCGGGGCUGUAUCAAUGUUUACGAUGCGUCGCCGGCCAUGCGAGGCAUUGGGGUGGGGCAAACCUACUCGACGUUCAUCGUGAUGACGUACUAUGCGUCGCUGAUGGCCGUUACGAUGCGGUACCUGAUCGCGUCGUUCGGUGAUCCGUUGCCGUGGAGCGAGUGUAACGACGCCUGGAACGCGACCUGCAUCGAUUCGCGGCUGAUCACGAACAUGGCAGAAAACUCGACCGCGACCGCCGUCUCCUCGGCCGAGCUGUACUUUGUCAAGGACGUUCUCAAGGAGGCCAGCACGAUACACGAUGGCAUCGGUACACCGGAUUGGCGGUUGGUGCUGUGCCUACUCGUCCCCUGGACCUGCAUUUGCCUUACACUUAUCAAAGGAAUUAAAAGCUCCGGAAAGGUUGCCUACUUCCUGGCUAUCUUCCCGUACGUCGUUAUGCUGGUGCUGCUCAUCCGGGCCUGCACACUGGAGGGUGCCGCCGACGGUAUGCUGUACUUCAUCAAACCGCAGUGGGAUCGCAUUCUGGAGGCGAAGGUGUGGUACGCGGCCGUUACGCAAGUGUUCUUUUCACUCACCAUUUGCUUCGGCAACGUGAUGAUGUACUCGUCCUACAAUCGCUUCCACAACAACGUGUACCGGGAUGUGACGAUCGUGUCGAUCAUGGAUACGCUCACGUCGAUGCUGGCCGGGCUGAUCGUCUUCGGCGUGAUUGGCCACCUCGCCCACGUGCUGGAAGCGCCCGACAUUAAGCACGUGGUGCGGGGCGGUGCCGGCCUUGCCUUCAUCACCUACCCGGACGCGAUCGCCAAGUUCACCUUCUGGCCGCAGUUCUUCGCGAUCGCCUUCUUCCUGAUGCUGUUCGUGCUGGGCAUUGGCAGCAACGUCGGUAUGGCCACCACGAUAAUGACAGUGAUUCGCGAUCGGUUUCCCCAGCUUCAGCCCGCUCUGGUGGCGGUAGGAAUUGCGAUCGUUGGGUAUGGGAUUGGCAUCAUCUACACAACGCCCGGCGGACAGUAUGUGCUGGACUUUUUGGACUUUUACGGCGCCUCGUUCGUUGCGCUCGUGCUAGCCGUCUUCGAGAUGUUCACUUUCGCUUGGAUCUAUGGGGUGAGCCGUAUCGGUCGGGAUAUUGAGUUUAUGCUGGGCAUUAAAACGGGACUUUACUGGCGCAUUUGCUGGGGCUUUAUUACGCCGACGCUACUGGCCGCCAUUCUGCUGUACCACAUCGCAACGUACGAAACGUUCACUUUCAACGGUUACGUCUAUCCCGAUGGGAUGUAUGCCUUUGGAUGGUGUAUCUUUGCUGCCGGCGUGCUGCAACUGCCCGCCUGGGCGAUCUACACCUUCCUCAAGCGCAAGGAGCCGGACUGGCGCGAUCGUCUGCUGCACUGCUUCAAACCAACGCACGACUGGGGCCCGGAAGACCCCGAACUAAAUGCCAAGUAUCACGAGUCGGUGUACAAACACGAACAAUCACUGCCGCGGGAUCGUUCGCUAGUGCGAAGGAUGUUCGACAACGUGUUCAGUUGAAGUGAGACUUUGGGAUUUCCUUCUUUUUUUGUUUCGCAUUUAUUGCAUUUACCGCAUGGAUUUAUUUCGAUAGUUUCACAAAUAAAUAAUGCUACAAAGCAAAGCGUUUUAAGCCAAUAAGCAGGACAACAGUAUCUUAGCUACGAGGAAUAUCUUUUUAAUCAAUGCAUUUCGUUAGUAUUAUGAACGUCGAGAAUAAUUUAAGAUCGUACAUUUCUAGAAUAAAUUGAUGAGAGAUUCUUAUAUUACA